AUGGAGAAUUUACUGAAAACAGAACUUGGCUAUACGACACUGAAACAAAUUGGAAGUGGAGGAGGCUGCAUAAAUAAAGGUGUCGCCUAUGAAACAAAUGAAGGGAAGAUUUAUGUGAAGUACAACACAAAUACUGAUGCACGUAUGAUGUUUGAUGGAGAAUACGAAAGUGUACUUGCAAUUAUGGCUACCAAUUCAGUCAAAAUUCCAAAACCAAUCAAGGUUAUGGAUUUGCCAACUGGUGGUGCUAUGUUUGUGAUGGAGUAUGUCAAGAUGCAUCAAGGCUUGUCCAAGGAGGCUUCAUUGCUUGGUUUGCAAAUAGCGCAGAUGCAUAAGCACAAUGAAAACCUAGCUAAACAGGCAAAAAAUGAUGCUAGCAAUAUUGCUAAGAAGUGCGAGAAUGAAUUGACUUAUAAGUCUCAGUUUGGGUUUCAUGUUGAUACUUGCUGUGGCUACUUUCCUCAGUCCAACAACUGGACAAGUGAUUGGUCGGAAUUUUAUGCAAAGAAAAUUGAAUUCCAUAUUGGAAAAAUUGAAAAAGAUUAUAAUGAUCACUCAGUCAGGGAAUUAUGGGAUCGUGUGCUGAGAAAGUAUUCAUCUUUAUUUGAGGACCUUGAUAUAAUUUAUCCUGCUUUACUACAUGGAGAUUUGUGGAGUGGAAAUAUUUCUGAGACUUCAGAUGGCCCAGUUAUAUUUGAUCCUGCAUCUUUUUAUGGACACUCGGAAUAUGAAUUUGCAAUCUCCAGAAUGUUUGGUGGAUUCUCUGCAGAUUUUUUUAAUAGUUACCAUAGUGUGAUUCCUCAAACUGCUCGAUAUAAAGAACGCUUGGAACUCUAUAAACUUUUCAAUUACUUAAACCAUUGGAAUCAUUUUGGAAGUGGCUAUAAGGGAUCGUCCAUAAACACUUUGAAGAACCUUGUGAAAUUUCUUGGAGUCUAA